AUGAGGACUGUCGCGACGCUUGCGACGGGCGCUUUGGUCGCCUCUGUCGCCCAGGCACAGGUUGUUCAAUGGGAUAUCGUGAGGAAGCAUACGGGACCUAAAUUAACGAGGCGAGCUGGCACGUUUACGGAGGUCAUCACAAACGAGAAAGUUCGGGGAGGUUACUUUGCAUCAUGUUCAGUCGGAACGCCUGCCCAAAAUCUCACCUUACAACUGGACACGGGUUCGAGUGAUAUCUGGGUUCCUUCGAGCUCCGCGAGCGUGUGCGAGCAAACAUCUUCUAGUAGCGAUGGCUGCAGUCUCGGAUCUUUUGACGAGAGCGAAUCUAGUACCGCCACGGUCGUAGGCGAAAACGAGUUCAGUAUUUCGUACGUCGACGGUAGUCAUUCUAAGGGCGACUACAUCACGGAUACGUUCCAGAUCGGUGGUGCCAAGUUAACCAAUAUGACUAUGGGUCUUGGUACUUCUACAGAUAUUCCGUACGGCCUCGUCGGUGUUGGAUAUACCUUGAACGAAGCUAUCAUCGGCACCACCCACUCUAGCUCGUCCCAGUACGACAAUCUUCCCGUAUUGAUGCAGAAGCAAGGCCUCAUCGCUACCAACGCGUAUAGCUUGUGGCUUAACGAUCUAGACGCGAGCACUGGUAGCAUUCUAUUUGGUGGAAUCGACACGGAAAAGUACAAGGGCGAUCUUACUCGCAUUAACAUUCAAAAGGAUGCCUCGGCAAACGCUUUCACGUCCUUCAUCGUCUCCAUGACGUCCGUACAGGCGACAUCGUCCUCCGGCACCGAUACGCUAUCUUCUGCGACGUUCCCGAUUCCUGUCGUCCUGGACUCCGGCACUACUUUCAGCUACGUGCCGACCGACUUGGCAACGGAGAUGUGGAACGAGGUUGGUGCCGAGUACUACAGCGAAGUAGGACUCGCGCUCCUGCCUUGCAGCAUGGAGAACAGUGCGGGUCAUUUCUCGUUCGGCUUCGGCGGCACUGGAGGACCCGUCAUCAACAUUACGAUGGACGAGCUUGUCCUGCCCCUGACUACUGGCGGGGCUGUGACCUUCCCCAGCGGCCCCAACAAGGGCCAAGAGGCAUGCCAAUUCGGCGUUCAAAACUUCAGCAGCGACAGCACCACGUUCCUUCUAGGCGACACUUUUAUGCGAUCAGCCUACGUUGUGUACGACUUGGUCAACAACCAGAUUGGACUUGCGCCCACGGAUUUCAACGCCACAAAGUCCAACGUUGUUGCGUUCGCUAGCGAAGGUGCCCAGAUGCCGUCUGCCACCGCCGCGCCUAACCAGGCUGCGGUCUCCGAGUCGGCCUCGACUACAACAGGAUCGUUAGGCGCAAGCGGCGGUUUCCUGAACGACAAGUCUUCCGAUGGCUCUUCGCUUCCACCGCCCCUUGAUUGGUCUAGGAUAGCAGUCAUGGGUGCCAGCAUGAGUCUAGUGCUGGAUAAAGAUGGCUUGGAUUCUUCGAGGGGCUUAAGAACUCUGGAAAGCGAAGACGAAGGCGAGUAA